AUGGCUAGUACGGAUGGGAAUGGAACUAUGUCGCCCAAUCUUUUAAAACGCAAGAAGGAGGACUGUGCGGAAGAACAGCUUGAAGCAGAGAUCAAGAGAGUCGCUUUGGAUGAUGACACAGAGCUACCUGCUGUCGGAAAUGAAGACCAGAGAAUGAAUGGAGAUCAUUCGAGCCCGCAGGAUGGCGAGGAAGAACAUCUAGGCUCUCAUGAGAGUAUAGAUGGUAUGGACAAUAGUAGCCGGCACGUCCAUCUUAGGAUGCUAUGUCUGGUGAAACAGGCUUCGAUGAUAGUGGGACAUAAGGGUGAGAAUAUCUCAAAGAUUAAAGCAGUUACUUCUACCAGGAUUAACGUGUCAGAUAAUGUUAGAGGAGUACCCGAAAGAGUAGUUUAUGUCAGAGGUUCCUGUGAAAAUGUUGCAAAGGCCUUUGGUAUGAUCGUCAGAUCGAUCAAUGAUAGACAUGGAGAAGAAGGAUAUGAUGGAAAUAGCAUUAUGAGCACUAUAAAUUUAUUGAUUUCGCACCAUCUUAUGGGAUGCAUCAUUGGUAAGCAUGGAUCCCGUUUACGCGAGAUAGAAGAAUUGAGUGCUGCAAGACUGUCGGCGUCCCCACAACAACUGAUAAUGUCCAAUGACCGCAUAUUGAGUAUCACAGGUGUCGCUGAUGCUAUCCAUAUUGCCACAUUCUACAUAGGGCAAACGAUUAUGAAAUGCAAGGAAGCAUUCAAGUCGAAAAAAGCUAUAUUCUACCAACCAAGCCCAGUGUACUCUGUGCUGGUAAAUGGAGCUUCACACGGUGGUUACUCUCAUCAAAAACAUCAUCAAUACCAUCCAAAUGAUAAAUAUACGAACAGUCGCGCCGGUAAAAGGGUUGUCAGACCAGCUAUGAUGGCAACUACUCCCACCGCUCAGCCACUUCCUCAAGAAAAUAACGGUUCACAAGUCACUUAUACAGCCGCUGCUGCAGCCAACGCAACUUCUUUCACACCAAGCUUCACAAUUCCAAAUGUUCGUAUCAUCGACGAGCCCGCACCACCGGCUCAGACAAUGGCCAUAAUCGAACAGGAAGUAUACAUUGAUGAAAAUUAUGUCGGAAACAUUAUUGGGAAAGAGGGCAAGCACAUCAACUCUAUCAAGGAAGCUACUGGUUGUUCAAUUUACAUAGCCGAUCCGGUCGAGGGUUCGCUAGAGCGUAGAUUGACGGUGAAGGGCACUUCAAUGGGUUCUCAAGCUGCGAUAAUGCUUAUAAGCAAUAAGAUCGAGAUUGACAGGGCCAACAAGGAGAGAAAUAGGUGA